AUGCAAACGCGUCGAGGCGAUCCCAGCACAGAGCGAAAGAACCAACCGGUGCAGACAGCCAUCAACGCAGAAGCGCUGGACAGGCUGGUCGCAAGGGCGAACAACAGUGAGGCAUUCAGCGAGACGACCUUCAGCGAGGAGGGAAACCAAAGUGUAGUUCUCGAUCACGUUCAUAACGUGAAGGACUGGUUCAACAGUCGACCGCCCGAGGUCCAAGUCCUCAUGAAAGCGGUGUGUAUUUCUUUGGCUACUGCUGCGAGCUUGGGCCUUCUGUGCCUGUGGUGCGGCAUUUUGAGAUUUCACUCGCCAAGCAAGUACAUCUCCUGGAAGUCUCUUGCAGAGAUGGAGGCUGGGGGAGGAUGCCUCUCGAUCCCCCUGAACAUGUUCUUGACCCUGGCGAGUGUACCAGCUAGCAUCAUGCACCUCAAUGCCGAGACACGCCGCUCAAUGGGCGCCAUUCUGGUCUUCUUUGCCAUCUUAUUCGCCAUCAUGUGGAAAGGGGAUUUGAUCCAGCCGGUCAUCAAGGAGCUGGCAUCUUACCUCUAUGUCUUUGCGCUGGUAGGCGCCGUGUGCGUCGUUGUCCUGAUCGACCUCUGGCGCCGCGCGCACGCGACCUUCACGGGUACUUUCGCAGGCCUCCGGAGGCGACCGGGCCGGUCAGAUUGA